GAGCCAAUCAGAGAGCGGAGGCCCGGUCAGCUGACAGGCUGUGACGUCACGGCAGAAGCUUGUCAAAAUGGCAGGACACCAUCACCACUUCUCUCUGUGCUUCUGCGACUUGAUGAGGUUGCUGUGGUCCCUGGUGAUGCCCUGCGUCUUCCUCAGCCUGGCCCUCACCCUGCUGCUGCUCCUGGUUCUGCUGGGGCUCCGCGUCUGGCUGCAGGGUCGCCGCAAGACUCGCCGCGCUCGGGACGGCGGCCCGGCUGUGGCUUUCUUCCACCCGUACUGCCACGCUGGAGGAGGCGGGGAGCGGGUGCUCUGGUGCUCCCUGAGGGCCCUCAUGAACCGAUACUCCAACGUCUCCUUUGUGGUGUACACGGGGGACCAGGGAGUGACUGGUGAACAGAUCCUGGAGGGGGCGCGCCAGCGUUUCAACAUCACUCUACCCCGACCCGUCACCUUCGUCUUCCUGCGUCACCGCGGCCUGGUGGAGGCCACUUCGUACCCUCACUUCACCCUGCUGGGCCAGAGCCUGGGCUCCAUGUUCCUCGGGUGGGAAGCUCUCACAGCUUUUGUUCCUGACCUGUACAUCGACUCCAUGGGCUACGCCUUUACGCUUCCAAUCUUCCGGUACUUGGGAGGCUGCAAGGUGGCGAGUUACGUCCACUAUCCCACCGUGAGCACGGACAUGUUGUCUGUGGUCAGAGAGAGGAACCCCAGGUUCAACAAUGCGGACUUCAUCUCCAGAAACCCGGUUCUGAGCGCCCUGAAGGUGCUGUACUACUGCCUCUUCGCUCUGCUCUACGGUCUGGCCGGCUCCUGCAGCGACGUCGUCAUGGUGAACUCCACCUGGACGCUGGGACAUAUCCUGGCCCUGUGGCGCUGCCCCAGCCGCACCAGCGUAGUGUACCCGCCGUGCGACGUCAGGGCCUUCCUGGACGUCCCGCUGGAGGGGGAGGAGGACGAAGACGAGCUGGAGGAGGGCUGGGAGGAGCUGGGGGGCGAAGAGGACGGGAGAGGUGGAGGAGCUGGAGGAGACAGGAAGUGCCACUCCAUCGUGUCCGUGGGUCAGUUCAGGCCGGAGAAGGAUCACCCGCUGCAAAUCAGAGCGUUUGCCUUGCUGCUGGACAGGAAGGGGGACGGGCCCGGGGGCCGGGAGGCGCUGCGGCUGGUGCUGAUUGGCGGCUGCAGGAACCAGGAAGACGAGGACCGGGUGCUGAUGCUGCGGGGCCUCUGUCAGGAGCUCGGCGUCUCCGACCGCGUCGACUUCAAGCUCAACGUUCCCUUCGCCGAGCUGAAGAGGGAGCUGGUGAGCGCCACCAUCGGGCUGCACACCAUGUGGAACGAACACUUCGGCAUCGGAGUGGUGGAGUGCAUGGCCGCAGGAACCAUCGUCCUCGCCCACAAGUCAGGCGGCCCGAAGCUGGACAUCGUGGUGCCGCACGAGGGCAGGCAGACGGGCUUCCUGGCGGACAGCGAGGACAGCUACGCCACGGCCAUGGAAACCAUCCUGGCGCUGACUCCUUCGGCUAAGCUGGAGAUAAGACGCGCAGCGCGGGAGUCUGUGGCGCGGUUCUCAGACCAGGAGUUUGAAGCUUGUUUCCUCGCCGCGACGGAGGCGCUGAUGAAUCAGAUGGUGCGGUGAG